UUGCAGCCCAGAUGACCGCAAAAUAGGAAGACGGUCCAAUGGGCACAGCUGCAAGCAGCGAGAAUAGCUGGCUAAACAAGCGAGAUAGCUCAUUCUUGCUUGAGCGAUGUUCUAGGCUGGGCGCGCCGUACGUCAACACAACACGACCCGCCCUGAAGCACACGGCCAGCCUAACAGAACACUGGCCAAAACAGGUCUCGAAGUCGGGCCGCAAAGCUAUAAGAAGUGGCCCCUUUCGCCCUCCAAUCCUUUCUCCCCAUCAACUCACUCCUCUCUCUCUCUCUCCCUCUCCCACUUUCCACUCCCACAAACCACACUCUUUGGCCCUCGCCUAAUCCUCGCUUCAACUUCAAGAUGCAGUUCUCCACCGUUGUUGCUUUCUUCGCCGCCGCCGCCGUUGUCGCCGCUGCCCCCAACGCUCCCUCGUCGAGCAGCACGGGCUCGUGCUCGACCGGCAAGGUCCAGUGCUGCUCCACCACCGUGAGAUUCCACGACGGUGCUGAGGCCAAGAAGACCGCUGCUCUCCUCGGCCUGAACGACCUCGCUGGCAUGAUCGGCAUCCAGUGCCAGGACGUCCCCAUCAACAUCAUCGGCGCUGCCGUCAACGUUGACAACCACUGCAAGAGCAGCCCCGUCUGCUGCACUGGCUCGGAGUACAACGGUCUCGUCCAGACCGGCUGCACCAACGUCCCGGUCAACUAAGCGCGCGUUGGCACUUGCUCCCUCUGCAAUCUUCCUUCGCUUUCUUGCUUAGACAGGACAAUACCUAUUUCCCCCCUUCCCCACUCUCUCCCCAGA